AUGCCCGGAAAUGACAAGCCCUUAGCAACUAUUAUAAAAGGCAAGCUGUAUUAUGUUGGAAAAAGCGGUAGACUGACUCUGGAACUAACCAGAACACAGAAGAGGAGAGUUCAAAGGCAAUACUGCACAUUCCUCAAGAAUAACAAUGACACACAAGUACUUCCAGAGACCAGUUCUGCCAGAAAAGGGAAAAAUCCAGAAGUAGAUCCUCAGGCAGAACAGACAACAUGUCAACCAGAAGAGCUAACGAAGACAGAGUCUCCAAGCAAACCUUCCACCCAUCCUGCCUCAUCCUUAGUCAAUCAGCUUGAACCUUCAUAA